AUGGACGGAAAAGAAGAGACUGAAGGACAGGUAAGGGCGGAAAAUACCAAUAAUAGUAAUGCUGCUGAUUAUUAUGGCCGUGGUCGUAAUGAUGGUCGGACGUAAGCGGUGUCGCUGGCGGUUGCUAAUGUUACGGUGAUAUGGUUAAACUGACGUCAUCGAUACUGUCGGUUGUCCAUUUUGCGGAAAUGCGAUAGCGAUUUCCCUGUACCCACCGAUGAAACAGGUGGAUACGUCCUCUGGGUUUCGCCGUUCCGCACAACAAUAAUUUAUAGCCCCACAAGGUCGUGCUUUACCCAGCAGCGACAAAACUAAAUGAGAGUAGCGGGUGAACGUGUUUCGCAGCCGGCACUGAAUUCACUAAUUCUUUCCCUUCCGUUCGUUUGAAAUGAGGAAGCUCUAUGGCAAGAACGGCGUUGCAUCGCGUAGGUGGUCCAGACUGGUUUGGGUAAAUUACCAACCGCCUGGUAAGUUGACAUCAGCUAGUCAUCCCUCGUUCAAAAAAGUUAAUCUGCCAAAUUAGGUGAGCAAGUUUCUCGAUUUUCCCCGUCUGUUCUAGUAGGUGUUCUAAUAAGUAUAAAAGUCUCUACUUAACACUUGUCAGUAGAGAUAAUACGGGCAUAUUACUGUAUAAGACGACCAUACCACAACUGUUUUCUAUAACACGGACUACUGCUAAAUGGGCAUCCCCAUUUUGUGUAGUCCACACUUAAACUUUAGAGAGUCCGAUAUAUUGAAGGAUUCUUUUCGGACUGCGGGGGAGCCGCACACCCCGCCGGAUCCGAUAGUUGAAGUUAUGCCUCUCCAUGCUGGUUGGCAUCGGCUAUAAAGGAGUUGUGCAUCGUCUUCGAAAGGUGUUCUAGGUGCCUUUGGUCGGUUUCGGUGUACUUCGUACCGUUGGAAUUGACGGCUUUAGAGGAGUCGAUGAAAGCCAACGGACUGUGCGCUGCUUAACCCUUGUUCUUUCUGUCUACGUUAAUGGUUGAUGGGUCAGACGGUGCGAUAUCGAGAUGUGGUCUACUCGUCUUCCCUAGUCUCUCAUUUCUCGUAAAGCGGAGGGUUGUCACAGAGUAUUUAAAGGCAGGAAAAGCCCUUCAACUGACGCUACAUAAUUUUUCGUCAGACCGGUACAUUUAUAUGGGAACGGGGUACAAGUAAAACAUGCGAGCAAUAAGAGAAAUCAAUAACAAUUGCCUUUUCAUAUAAGUAGGAUUUGGGAAUAAGGGGAAGGAAUGAGAGACCAUUAGUUAGGAGGCAAUGAGGGUUAGGAGGGAGGGGGAGGGUGCGGAGGAGUAUAUACAAUUAACCGGCAUUUGGCCACGGUAGGCGUGGAGCUUCUGCCAGGUCCAUCUGUGUGCACAAGACCGCCUUUAGGAACCUGAUGCCGGUCGUAUCUGCUGUUGCCAGCAGAUGCUGACCCAGUGGCUUAGGAUAGUUUAGUGGAAAGUUGUAGAAAACAACAUAGCUGCCUUCUUAGAUGUUGUAAGUCAGGCACAUCCGUCAAUUAAAUUUACAGUGGAGGUGGAAACAGUAGAUUCGCUCUCUUUCUUAGACGUCCUUGUAAGCAGAAGUGCUGGUGGUAACGUUCAGAAGAAAACUUAGUCUGAACAAUAUACUCAAUUCUGCAGUUUCGUAUCCCUUCAACUGAAACGCAAUCUAGUCCAUCGUUUGGCGAAACGGGUUAGAAAAAUAUGUCCAGCGAGCAGCAUCGACAAGAAACUUAGAAAAUAAAGGAACUGUUUCUCGAGAACGGGUAUCCUGACGGAUUUAUUGGAAAGGCUGUUACCGAGACCCCUUAAAACCCGUCACCCUGACGACGGAUAAGAAGACCAGUUGGCGAGCAUACAUUUGCCUCCGAUAAAUUCUUGUCAAACUUGUACAUUUAUAUGUGGAUGGGGUAGAAGUAAAAACAUUCCAGUGAUUAGAGAGAUCAAUUAAAGCUCCUUGUAACACACAGGCGGGGUGUGGGAAUAUGGGGAGGGGGGAAGGUAAUAGCAGUCAAUGACAGGGACGGGGUGAGAGCAGAAUUGCGCGAAGAAUUGCUUUGUUAGUCGAUUUUUGACCAGGAUAGAUGCGGAGCCUGAACGCGGUUCCUCUUCGCGCACAAGAUCGGUUUUCGUAGCCUGACGGCGACCGAUUCUGAUGCUUUUAGCGGACGCUGGCCCGUUAGCUUUGGGCAGCUAGAUGGGGCCUUAUAAAUCACGCGAAAAGCUUCAUUGGGGUCCACAGGAUGCCCGGAAUUCACAACAGGCGCCAGAACGGCGCUGCUUAUGCUCCUAUUUUGGCCUUUUCCCAGCCAUGCCAGGAGAUGUUCUCGUAUUCUCUUGGACAGGCGCCGAAUUGUACGACCAAUACAGCUUACUCCAUAGGAGCAAGUAAACGAGUAGAUGCACAUUGAUGCGGUCUAAGACGGCAACCUCUCCUUCCCUUCUCCGCGUAAAAUAGGCUUAGUAGAGAAUAGUAUACGAACCCUUGCUGCUGGGAAGGCUUGUGAGGCUUCUUCUCAGGAGUUCACUCGCAGCGUCUCCUUUGAAAGGGACCUUGAGGAGCAGCGUUUUCUUUUCGGCAGUCAGUGUGGUGGUUUGCUCCGGUCGCUCAGCAAUAUUCUUUGCGAUAAACCUGUCAGGAUACCCGUAUUCGCGAAGCAAGUCCGGGAUUUUCCUGAGCACCUCCUCGAUGCUAUCUGUUGGACAAAUUUUUAGAGCUUUUGUGUCAAACAUCAGACUAGAUUUCGUUUUUGUCGAAGGGGUACGGAACUGGCGAAGUUCGUGUACUGUCCAGACCAGGUUUUCUUCCGAUAGAUGCUCCUUCGGAUGCUAUUGUCAGGUCUCCUGGGAGACAAAGCGAACCAACCGUUUCCACCUCCAACAUGAAAGUGAUCGCCGGAUGUGCCUGAUUUACUGCAUUUUACAGGGCAGUUAUGUCUGUUUCUGUGGUGGUGGUGGUGGUGGUGGUGAUGAUGAUGAUGAUGAUGAUGAUGAUGAUGGUGGUGGUGGUGGUGAUGAUGAUGGUGGUGGUGGUGGUGAUUGCAACGAUAUCAUCAACGUAGCGACCGUAAUGUCUGAGCUUAUUGAUCUGAUCGCUUAG